AUGACCUAUAUCUUGAUCUGGAUUUAUGCACAGAACAGAAUUCAUGGAUCCCUAACUCUCGAAGGCAUCUUAUCAACCUUGACAUCUACAGAGUAUUCAAACAGCAACCAGUCUGCGGCACCAGCAACCGACUCCCUGAUGGACCAAGAGGGACAGGGGAAGCGAUCCGCUGACAUCCGCAUAGCGGAGCCUCCGUCGCGCGAUAUGCCCCAUUUCGACUAG